AUGAGCACUUCUACUGCUGAACAGUCUAUGUCUGCAUCACAUGUCGCGCCACCGGCAGUCGAAGCAUAUUUCAACAAGGUCCCGGCUGAACAAUGGACCUUGCUGAGGUAUUUAAAGAGGAAGAGAAGAGACAUUGUGGUGCUGAAAUCUCUAGACUAUGAGAGAGAGUAUGCGUUUUAUGAAGCAAAAAUCAACUCGGAACAUAAUACGCCAUUAAGAGAAAGGCUGCAAACCGUUAAAGGGAUUUUUUAUAUAUCGCAGAAAUCAUGCGGCAAGUUUUCCAGACGGGGAAAGGCCAUGCUUCGGAGAAGUGACCAGAACGGCUUCUGCCAAGUGGAUGGCGGAACGCACGGACGUGCGAUUGUACUUUAUUUUGCUCGCACAAUGUUCCUACCUUCACUUCGACAUCAACUACGCCAGUCGCCACGCCGCAGCACAACGGCUUCUGCCAAGUGGAUGGCGGAACGCACGGACGUGCGAAUGUACUUUAUUUUGCUCGCACAAUGUUCCUACCUUCAAUUCACUUCGACAUCAACUACGCCAGUCGCCACGCUGCAGCACAACUACUCAAUCGACAUCGACGAAUGA